AUGCAAUCGCUUUUGGCCGAUCUAGAUACGAACGGAAGAGGAAAGACUCGCACAGUUGCUUUGGACGUGCGGAGCCCGGCCGAAGUAUCGCAGACCGGUCCUUUGUCUCCCAGCGUCAUUACGUUCCCGCUGAAUCUGAUUCAGGAAGGAGCAUUUGCCAUGCCCGAGAAAGAGUUCCAGAAAAAGUACGGCAUUGCUAAACCUCUGCCCGACGAGAGGCUGGUCUUUUCCUGUAAAUCAGGUAUGCGCGCCGGUAUGGCGGCAGACAUAGCAGCCAAAGCGGGCUACAAAAAUGUCGUGGUCUACCCUGGUGGUUCCGCGGAAUGGUUCUAA